AUGCUAUUAAACAUUUCUUCUUCUCCAGUUUCUCAUCGAAUUCCUUACUCCCUCUCCAAUUUCAACAACCCCACUUCAAAUUUCCCUCCAAAAUCCAAAUCCCAUUUCCCAAAAUCUCAUCUUUCAUCCAAUCUCUCCACUUCAUCGAAUCAUAGCCUCUACGGCACCAAGAACACAUCUUUAUUCAGAAACAAAUACGAUGGUCCAGUUAUCGAUUACAGACCACGAGCUCUCGCUGGACUCGAUCUCGGAAGUUUCGAAUCAGUUAUCGAAGCCUCCGCUGUUCUCACGGCGAUCAUCGUCGUCCACGAAACCGGUCACUUCUUAGCCGCUUCUCUUCAAGGCAUCCGCGUGAGUAAAUUCGCGAUCGGGUUUGGUCCGAUUCUAGCUAAAUUCAAUGCCAACAAUGUCGAAUACUCUCUCAGAGCUUUCCCCUUAGGCGGGUUUGUCGGAUUCCCCGACAACGAUCCCGACAGCAAAAUCCCUCUAGACGACAAAAACCUGCUCAAGAACCGACCCAUUUUGGAUAGAGUGAUUGUGGUCUCCUCCGGAAUCAUCGCUAACGUGAUCUUCGCUUACGCUAUAAUCUUCACUCAAGUGAUCUUCGUUGGAUUACCAGUUCGAGAAUCUUUCCCCGGAGUUCUUGUUCCGGACGUUAAACCUUUCUCUGCUGCUUCUCGCGACGGAUUGCUUCCGGGAGAUGUAAUCUUAUCCGUUGAUGGCAACGAGCUAACCGAAUCCGGUUCUGAUUCGAUUUCCAAAGUUGCUGAUGUCCUAAAGAGGAAUCCGAAUCACAACGUGUUGCUCAAGAUCGUAAGAGGGAGCGAGGAUUUCGAAAUCCGGAUCAAACCGGACGAGAGUUUCGACGGAACGGGGAAGAUCGGUGUUCAGCUAUCACCGAACGUGAGAUUCUCGAAGGUGAAACCGAAGAACGUAACGGAAGCUUUCGGUUUCGUUGGUAGAGAGUUUUUGGGGCUCUCUUACAAUGUUUUGGACAGCUUGAAACAGACUUUCCUCAACUUCUCUCAGACCGCAAGUCAAGUCGCUGGUCCGGUUGCGAUCAUUGCGGUCGGAGCGGAAGUGGCGAGAUCAAACGCGGACGGGCUUUACCAGUUUGCGGCGUUGCUGAAUCUAAACCUUGCGGUCAUCAAUCUGUUGCCGUUACCGGCACUUGACGGAGGGACAUUGGCUUUGAUUCUGUUGGAAGCGGUUAGAGGCGGGAGGAAGUUACCGUUAGAGGUUGAGCAAGGGAUUAUGUCGUCUGGGAUUGUGCUUGUGCUGUUUCUUGGUUUGUUUCUCAUUGUUAAGGACACACUUAACCUUGAUUUCAUCAGAGAAAUGUUGUAA